GGUGAAUCGACUCUCACAAUUAAUUUAAAUCCACAGAUUCAUUCACAAAAAAUAACCCACUCUAGCCUAAAUAAGGACUGAACCGAUGUGAACGCUAACAGACACCCCUUUUCUGGCCGUGAGGGACCCAUCUCGAAUGGCUCUGGCUUUAUAAUAAGUAGUGAUGACCUGAUAGUGACAAAUGCCCAUGUGGUCAACAAGCGUGGUGUUCGUGUCAAACUGACCAAUGGUGAGACUUACAACGCCACAGUUCAGGAUGUAGACCAGGCUGCAGACAUCGCCACCAUCAAAAUCAAUGUUAAGUAUAAUCGAAGAGCUAAGGAUGCGAGACCCGUCCUUCCCUGAUGUUUCUCAUGGAGUUCUCAUCCACCGUGUGAUUGUAGGAUCUCCAGCCAACAGAGCCGGAAUGAAGCCAGGAGAUGUUAUUAUUGAGAUCAAUGGGGUAAAGGUGAACACGUCGGAGGAGAUAUAUAAUGCUGUGAGGACCAGCGAAAGCUUAAAUGUGGUGGUCCGCCGGGGGGCCGACCUGCUCAUGCUGCACAUGACCCCAGAGUCCACAGAGUGACAUCAAGUCAAGUAUUUAGUAAGAUUAAGAAAUGGUGAGUAAUGAGAAGCUGUCAUAGUUGGAGAUGUUGUAAGAAAGGAAUCAUCUAAAGAGUUGAACAGUUUUAGCAAACGCUGGACAUUCGUGUAGUAAACGUGUUUCUGGAAGCGUAUGAAAUAAUGUGGAUGAUUCAGACUUCUGUACACUGGAUAAACCUCAGUGUGUCUGCGCAAACUACACUAUCAGUAUUGAUUUGAAGGAAUAUCACUGAAUAUUUUGUUUAGGAUUGUCAUGAGGGCAACAAACACUCAACGACCUUAAUAAAACUGGGUGCUCUUAUUGUGAAAA